AUGGCUCCCCAUGGCCAUACUCUGACAGUCCAUAUUGUGGGCUUUAUGCUGGUGAUGAGGGGUUUGUAUGCCGGGGUCAGGAACAGAGUGAUGUGGUCAGACUGGCUGAGAUGGGGAGAGGGCGAUGCUCUGUACCUGUUCUCAGCCAUAAUCCAGAGGGCCCUGCUGGCCCCAAUGGUGUGGAUCCUGGUCACUUUGCUUGAUGGAAAGAUCUUCAUCUGUGCCUUCAGUGUGAGUGUAGACCCUGCACUCUUCUCAGGUUUGCCCAACAAUACAGAACAGGAUGUGAUCAAAAUCAUGGCAAAAGUCCCCUGUAAGGAGGAUGUUAUCUUCAGGAACAGCUCUUUCCGCAAAGCAGUGUCUCGUUAUGUUCGCUGCUAUUCACAAGCAGUUGGCUGGUCUAUCCUUCUCUUCCUGAUUGUACUGGGAUCACUGGGACGUUUCAUCAAGCCUUGUUUUGAUGACAAUGCCAGCUUCCUGCAGACACGUUACUGGAGCAAUUACCUCGACAUGGAGCAGAAGCUCUUUGACGAAACUUGUGUACUGCAUGCGCGUGACUUUGCCCGGAAAUGUGUGGUUCAGUUCUUUGAGGACAUCAGGGAGGACACUAUAAUCCUUCAUCCCCAUCCACCCUUCAUCAGAAGCUCCAAAGAGGAGUGGGAGGAUGGAGAAGAGGAGAGACUUCAUGGGAUAACAAAACAGGAGCAGGUGGACCAGCUUUUCAACAAGUGGUACUUCAAUAAACCUGAACUUGACGUGACAAGGAUUGCCCACAGACCUAGGACGUGUGUUGCCUGGGAGGACCAUGAAGGGACUCUGAUAUCUAGGACACACAGUGCUGUAUAG